AAACAAACUAAACACAGCCAACCAGUAAACACAGCCACUUGAUAAAUUUUGACACAUUUUCAGUCGUCAAUUUGACAUCCGAGUGACAGUUCGUGUUUUGCUGAACAAUAUUUUUCUGGAGAAAAAUGAAUGAAGAAAAAUAUAAUAUUCCGCAAAAAAAAAUCAUCGUUUUAACCCAAUAAAUUCAUAAUAUUAUGGAAAUAACAGUGAAAACAACAAACAAGUGAAAUACAUAAAAUUUACAAUGAAUUUUUAAAGAAUUAAAACGAAAUUUGUGUAGUGUAGUGAAGAAUCCCCCAAAAAAAAAUAAGUAAAGAGAAAAAAUUACCAACCAACCAAAAAAAAAAAAAGAACAGGCAUAACAGAAUUUUUUGGGGCCAAAUAGACAGAAAAAAAAUGUAAAAAAAGAAAACGAAACGACAUAAGAAUACGGAAAAUUAAACUAAAAUAUAAUAAAUAUUUCAAAAAAAAAGUAAAUGGAAUGAAAAAGGGAGCUGAAUAAUUAUUGUCAACUACAAUUGUUAAACAAACGUAUUUUGACUUAACAACCUCUCUUAUAAAAAAAGCAAAAUAAAAUAAUAAGUUAACUAAAGCAAAAACAAAGAAAUAAAAUACAGAAAGGAAAUCAAAAUAAAAAUAAAAUAAAGAAAAAAAUUCAAAAUAAACGGAAAAAAGAGACAAUUAAAGAAAGUGUCACAUCUGUCAUUUGUUGAAUCAACAUUUCGUUAAAAAAUUUUGCCGCCUCAACAUUUUACACAUUUUAUUGGAUUAAACCUUAACCACAUUGCAGACAACCUGGCUGUGUAGCAGCAGCAGUUGUAGUUGUUCUGUAGUCUCUACACUUAAACAAGAUAUAAAUUUAAAAAAAAAAACAACAAAUUAGACAUCUGGAUUUUAACACUACAAUAAGAGAAACUGAAGAGAAAAUAGAAAGAGUAAAGAAGGGGUGGUGAGAAAUUAAGUUAGAUACUGAGAACAGUAGCAGGGGGUGAGACGCAAAGCUAAAGUUUAAACGCACAAAUAAUUGAUAACCAAUCAACAAUGGCAAAUCCACGGAAAUUUAGCGAAAAAAUCGCUUUACAAAAGCAAAAACAAGCUGAGGGUACAGCUGAGUUUGAGAAGAUUAUGAAUGAAGUCAAAGCCACCAGAGUCGUGGAUAAUAUUCUGGGCAACACAGAUAUUACCGAUGGUAAUGGUUUACACAGAAAUGCAAGUUUAAGUGGCGGUAGUGGUGGCAGUGGUACAAGUAGUGGAGCCAGUGGUGGUGGUGCUUCUCCCGAUGCAAAUGCAGGUGGUGGUGGAGGUAUAGGCGGCGGCGGAGGAGGAGGAGGAGGAGGGGGUGUUGGCAUAGUAAAUACUACAACAGGCUCUCCCACAUAUCGAGAAUCGCGAGGACGCAGUGUGGGUGUUGGACCAAUGAGAAGACCCUCGGAACGUAAACAAGAUCGAUCGCCGUAUGGCAGUACAGCCAGCGGUCUUAUGCUAAGCGGUAUGACGCAACAAACACAAAACAGUUAUUUGAGUCCACCCAUGGAUAGCAGUUGGCGACGUUCGAAUUCAGAUUCGGCUUUACAUCAGACCCUCAACAAUUUGGCAGAGGGAAAUUUUGGCGCAUCCAGUCCAGCACCAAGUGUAAUGGGUGAUUUAAAUUCUCUGCAUGCCAAUUAUCAUCACCACCAUCAUCCUCAUCACAGCCAAAGAUCUCAAUCGCCCAAUAUCGGGCGCAGUUAUAGUCCACAAGCACAAAGAAGAAAAAACACGUUACUACAGCAACAACAGCAGCAGCAGCAGCUACAUCAUCAGCAACAGCAGCUGCAGCAUCAACGUUUACAAAUGCAGCAGCAGCAGCAACAACAACAAGCACAACAGCAACAGCACCAACAACUACAGCAACAUUUACAAAAUCAACAGCAGAGUCUGCAACAGCAGCAGCAGCAACAACAACAACAUUUGCAUCAUCAACAACAGCAACAACAAUAUGCCAAUGCCAAAUACAACAACUCCAAUAUCAUGUUCAAGUCACUGCACGAACAGCAAUUGGCAUUUAACAACACCGGCUCAUUACCCGACUUAACUUCCGUACACUAUUCAACCCCCAACCCCACCAAUAACAGCAACACACAAAUGAUGCAGACCACAACAACAACACAACAGCAGCAGCAACAGACUCUAUCGCCCAUCCUAUCGCCACAUCAUAACAAUGGAUGUCAUGAUCGCGAUCAGUCACCUAGUCCCUUCAGUCCAUCGAGUACGGCAGGUGGCGGUAACAGUGUGGGUGGUCCACCCUCACCAUAUCAUCAACAGCAAAAUUCUCCAACAUCUGCCACCAAUACCCCCACAGCUAAUGUCCAAACCUCACCGCAUUUGUCCUUUACCAACUUGUCUGUCCAAUCGCCCGUGAAUGUCCAGCAAACAACAGCACAAAAUACAGCCGCUGCCUUUAGCACAUUGCCAACACUGGGUGCCGCCAGUUCAACAGGUAAUCUAACGGACUAUCGUCAGCCACUGAAUCCACCCAGUCCUGGUUCUUCCCCCGGCCUCCUAACAUCGGGCCCUGCCAACGACAUACACACAAGUGCACCGCCUAGUCCCAUACGACAUUGUCAAAGUAAUCUGAAUACGCCCGUCAGCGUCGGAAAUAGUACACAAAACCAACAAGCCCAAAUGCCAACACAAAGUCUGCAGAACACUUUUGGUACUCUAGACUCCAACACUGGCUAUAAUACGCUUAAUCCUGCUUUUCAUAAUCACUUUGAACAGUUUCAUUUGGGCGACAACAGUCAGUCGCCUCAAAACAACUACGACGCUUUGGAAUUCGAAGACUUGGGCAUGGGCAACCAACAACACAAUAACUUUAAUAGUAAAAUAAUAGACUUUGGAGAUCUGACAACGCCCUCAUCCGCCACAUCGUCUAAUACCACAAGAACGAAUUCAACAAAUACCACAACCAACUGUAAUAACAAUAACAAUUUACCACAACAACAGCAGCAGCAACAGCAGCAGCGAAAUAACUCCCAACAAUUCCAACAUCACCAACAACAACAACAACUUUUAAACAACAAUUCUACCACAAGCACCACGAGUAGUAAUACGAAUAGCAAUGGUCCUUCGAAUACAUGUAGAACCCACAAUACCGGUCUGAUGAAUAACAAUGACAGACAACAAGACAUACUGUCGGCAAAUUCGUCACCAAUACCUUCGCCGUUAUCACAUUGUGUGCCACCGCCUUCCUCGCCCCUACCCAUACCAAUGUCUGCGCAUUCGCCAUCACAUCAUCAGCAGCAGCAGCAGCAGCAGCAGUUGUCAUUAUCGGUCCAAACAUCGCCACAUCAUUCGCCAAUGCAUUCGCCGCAUCAUUCGCCUUCACCGCUGUCGGUAUCCUCACCCGGUCUGACAAUGUUGGGUGGUAGCGUAUCGCCAGUACCUUCCCCAUCCGCCCACAUAAUACAACAUCAGCAGCAGCAACAACAGCAGCAACAUCAACAGCAUCAACAUAAUCACAUUAACAAUCAAACAGCGAAUCAAUUGCAUCACAAUCAAACGUCACACAACAACCAUCACCACCACCAUCAUCAGCAGCAACAGAAUCAAACGCACACACCUACAACAGCCACAAAUAUACCCCAAAUUAUAUUCUCCGACUAUUCCUCCUCACGCGACAUCUUCGAUAGUCUUGACCUCGAUUUGGGCACAAUCGAUGGCCAGGGCCUACAAAUGCUAUCCGACCAGAAUCCCAUCAUGAUUGCUGAUUCCUCAGUAGAGGAUAGUUUUCGUAGAGAUCUUAACUGAUACUACGAGGAAGCUGUUGCAGCUAUUGAGAGUGGUAUCCUCUUAGAGGACUCGUUCGAUCCCCUAGGUCCGCUUGUCGAUGUAACAGAAGUAUUAGGCAAUCCUAUCCAUGCAACACAACUUCAUGUAAAUAAACCUCAAAACGAUCAAACCACCACCAACAGCACCACCACCACCAAUAGUAUUGGUGGCAUUGGUUGCGGAGUUGGCGGCAUUGGCAGUAGCAACAGCAUUUGUGGCGAGGAAACAAGUGAUAACCAUGUUAACAGAGACGAUAUUUUAAGCAGCUUAAACGACCAACUCAACGACGAGGCUCACGAUGAUGAAGACGAUGAGGUACGAAAUUUCUUUUUCUAAAUCAUCUUAUCACACACAUCUACAGUAAAACUGACUUGAACCAUUUUUUUUUUAAAAAAGAAGAGAGCGCCAAAGAACUGAAAAAAAAAUCAUUUAGAACAGUACCCCUCUUUUUAAAGCAAUUUGCAACAGCUUGAAAAUGAAAGAAAUAUUUUUCAAAUAAUCUAAAUUAUAAUAGACACAUAUGUAAGCAUUAGCAAUGGAAAUAUUUAUGAAAUUUUAAGUGCAAAUAUUUAGGGAAUAAUAAGACUCGAAGGAAAUAUUCUCCAAGAGCUAGACUCCGAUUUCAUUAUUAUUUCAAAGGAAAUAAUGAUUAACGUUCUGCGUCUAAGAACACAUGCUUAGGAUUCAUUCGUGCCAUAACAAGAAAUCAAAUCUCUUUUAAACAUUUAUCUACAUUUAUUGUAAAUGCUUUUAAUGCAGACGCGGAUCCGGAAGGGGUGAAAUAGGAAUUCCCCCCCCCCCAAAACUGAAAAGUUUUCAUAUAAAAAUAAAAAAAAAAAGAAAAAUUUAAAACAAAUUUUAAUCUUCCUCCCCCCGAAUGGUUGUCCUGGAUCACCGCCUGUUUUAAUGUGACUUCUUAUUGUUCGAUCAACUUAUACUUACAAUGAGCCCGUCAAAAUUAUAAAGUCACUUUUGGAUUUGUUUAUCCAAAAAUACAAAUAGUAUUGAUUGAUACAAUCGUUGUUCACAUCCUUUCAGAAUCCUUUGCUCUCAUUUGAUAACUGUUAGUGUAAGUAAUGCUAUGAUUGAAUAAUAAUUAAGGCAAUUCUUGCAAAUAAAUCCCCUCAGACAUCUUUAAGAGAUAAAAUGCAGCAAACAUUUAAUUUGGAGAAAUAAAACCAGGACCAAAAAUUAAAAAAAAAUUAUGUCAAUAUAUUUAGCGUAUGGAUUUGUUUGUCCUAUUUCCUGUGAUAUAUAAUUUUUGUUGUACAAACAUAACAAAUGUUGAUCGUUUUUCUUAUUCUAAUUGAUUAUAUGAAGCCAUCAGUGCAAAAAUGGUGUAACCCACAAUUUUUUUUAAUAUAGUUGCUUUUCUGGUAUUACUACAGUCCAAAUUAUCAACUAUCAAUACAAAAGUGGGGUAAGCUUUGGUAUUCAAAAGCAGAUAGAGCUGAACAAAUCGUUUUUGCACAGAGCAUAAUAUAACAAAGUAAUGUAGCAUAAGUGGUGUAAGUUGAAAAUACUGUGCUGUUUUUAUUAUACAAGCGAGUAUUUUGAGUGGAAAUUUUACAUGUGUUUUUUAUUGUAACAUAAACAAAAUACAAAUAAAAUUUCCACUCAAAGUACUCGCUUGCAGUAUAAAAACAGCACAUAAGUAAAUAGUUUUAAGUUACACCACUUUUGCGCUGAUAGCCUCAUAUAUAAAUUCAUUAUUACUGGAAAAGUUAGUUAGUUAUACAAAAUUAUUGAAAAUUUAUAUAAGUUUCUACAAAAUGUAUGAGAUGUUACCCAUUUAGACUAGCAACUUUAGCACAUACUGUACUUUUAACUUCAAACACUUGCAAAUGUUUGUGCUCAAAAAUUUCUUAAAUAUUUCUGUUGUUGAGAAUUUUUUAUUUUUUAUUUAAAAAAAAACAAAACAUUACAAAUUUAAUUUGUAUAAAAGAAAAAGUAAAAUCAAAGAACAGGUUCUUUAUGAGUUUUAAAUUAAUUUAAUAAAUUAAAAAUUAAAACGUAUUUGGUACAAAAAAACAAACAAAUAUUUAUAUUUAUAUACAAUAUUACAAUAAAAAAAUAAAAAUGAAAUUAAAUCAAUAUGUGCAAUAAAAUCGAAUUAUAGGGAAGUAUUAAAACAAAAAACAACAACAACAAAAGUAAACUCAAUCAAAUCAAAAGUCACAAUUAAUAAAAAAACAAAAAUAUUAUUAAAAAAAUAAUGAAUACCCGAGAUUACAUACACCCCCCUCUACCCCUCUUAACCCAAAAGUGUCUUAGACCUGUGACAAAAGAAACAUACAAACAUGCAUCCAUCAGUACUGCUGAUAAUAUUCAUAAAUUUAACAUCAUAAAAUAAACAGAAAUACAUACAAUUAAAUAUAUUAAACAUACUUACAUACAUAGUUUAUCCGACAAAUAAAAAAUAUUUAUAUAUUUUACAAAUAAAAAAAAAGAAACAACACAGUUUAAUUACAAAAUAUGAUCGAAUACAAUUAUUAAAGUCAAAUAAAUACACACAAAUUUAAAUUCUUGCAUUCAUUAAAUGUUAAACAACUUAAUUAAACAGUUUUUUCUAAAUAAAAAACAUUCGAGUUUAUUAGAUAUUUUGUUUAUAAAGUAUUUAGAGAAAUGAGGUCUCUAUUUGAUUUGAAAUAAGCAGUUUUCAAAAGUUACCUUCUUUAAGUGUUCUAUUAACGAUGAAAUAUUGUGGACGAUCAAGAUUAACACUAAAUCCAAAAAAUUUUAAAUAAAAAAACUAGAAAAUUUUCUAAAAUAUAAGACAGAUUUUGUUCCCCGUUUAAGAGCUAGUUUUUAGGAUGUAGAUCAAAUAUUUUUCUCAGUUAAACGGAGGUUAAUCUUUAAAUUUUGUUUUUGAAUAAGAGAUCUGCUUUAUAAUCUAAGUUUAACUGAGCAGCUCAUACAAAUGGAUUCGCUUGAUAUUUUGUUUAUGAAAUUUAAAUUAUUGCCAUGUUUUAAGAACAUAUUUAUUUUAGCAAUAAAUUAUGGGAAUAUUUAGACAGUUUUAAAUCUAGCACUGUGAAACCAAAGCGAUUGUUUAAACUCGUCCGUUUUAGCUUCGUGUUUAACUAAACGGACAGUUUUCAUCAACAAGUAAAAAACUAACUCUAUGGGACAAAUGUUAAGCACUUAAUCGAGCUUAGCGGCUGGUUAUCGCUAAUAGCACGAGUAAUAUUGAAGCUGAUCUCCACAAAAAUGGUCUUGAGGGAUCAAAUCUAAUAAACCAAAUACUGUUUUAUUAAUGUCUUCAAAGUGUUAUAUAGCCCCUUCGCAUUUUCUAACGAUUUCGAAUGUGUGUAGGAAAUAUUGAAUCUCUUUGACACGAUAUUCUAUUGAAUACCAAUACUGCAACACUACAUAAAUCACAAAGUACCAUCAGUUUGCAUGAAAGAUCAAAUGUGCGAUACAUAUCUAUACAAGACCAACUGUACUGCACUAUAGAAGUACCGUUUGUCGAUAUUGAUAUCCAUCAGCCGGUCAGUUCCAUUCUUGGUGGCUAAAUUGUUUCACAACUGAAUCUGAAAGAAACUGUUUUUGUAAUGCAUAGAAUUUAUUCAAUAUUUUUUUUAAUUUGAAAGCCCAUUGGUCAUUACAGCCAGCAAAGUUGAGGCUGGAAUUGUCGCUCGAAUCCACAUUUGUUGGAUGUUGGGUUAAUGUAAACACUUCCUGUUUACAUUAACCUCACAAGAAAAAUUCCCGUGCAGUUAGGAAAUUUUCGGCCAUAACCGGCUGAGCUAUGUGUACAGUUGCACCAUUUUUAUUAAAUCUAAGGAUCAAUCUACAAAAACAAAAACAAUUCAGAUUAAUUAGACAGAAAAAAAGUUAUCAAGUUUUCUUUUGGUUCUUUCAGCCACCCUGUAUAUAAUUGACAGAUAUGCCCAAGGUUACUGAACCAAAUUGAAUAUCCAACAUUAAAUUCGAAUAUUUCUUCCAUAUUUCAGUUAUGGCAAAUUGUGUACCGAUCCGGUUUGAAGAUAUUUAUUCGUCUUGAAGAACUCAAGUAUAUCCUACAAAGAAUCUACACUGAAUGUCCUUUAGAAAUCCGAAAUAUGUUCGAAUAUUUCUUCAAUAUUUCCGAUAUGGCCGUACUCUAUAAGGAAAAAUUCGGUUUGAAGAAAUUUAUAGAAAACCAUUCGCCGAAAAAACCUCAAGUGCAUUAUCCAGUAGUGAUAAGUCUUCUACAGAGAAUCUGCCUCGAAUGUCCUUCAGCCGAAAUAUCUGCCAGAAAAAUGUUACAAUGAUGUGUUUUGAAGAGGGAAGAUAUUUCUGCUACAGAGAAUCUACUUUCGAAUGUCCUGUAGAAAUCACACAGGUAAUAACUUCGAAUAUUUCUCCCGAUAUGACCGUCCUUUGAAAUGUUGAAGAUCACCAUUCGAUUUAAAUACCUGAAGUGGAUCCUCCUGGGGAUCCAAGAAUGUUAUGCUCCAAAUGCAGAUUUUAUAUAGAAACUAAAAACGAAGUUGCAUAAAAUACUCUAUAAAAAUUCUCUUUGGCUCUACCGCGCGGGACGCGGUUUUCAAUAACUAAUAGCAAGAAAAAACCUAAAAUAGCAAUAUUUUUUUAUAAUUUUCGAUGUUUUUUGUCAAAUUCUGGUGCCUACAUUGUUACUAUUGAAUUGAUUUUACUGAUGCUCAAUAGCAAACUUCAUAGGACAAUGAUAAACAUUUCUGGGCGAAUCUCAUGAAUUUCGGAUCUGUAUUUUAGAUGGGAGCGUGAUUUAUACACACAUUAAGCAUUACGAAUUUAUAUACAUUUUGGGGUCUUAGAUGAAUAAUUCUCUUUGUGACAAAAAUUCUCAAACUUUUGCAAUCAAUUGGUCAUUGGAAGUCAAAUGACACUAUUGUUUAACCCUCUAACCCGCAAGAGUGCCUCAAGGCAUGCAUUACAAAACACCAAUUAUCUCAAAAAGUUAUCAUCAUUUUUUUUUUUUAAUUUAACUGUGACCUUUAGUUACAGAUUUGUUAACAUUUUGCUCGAAGUUCGAAUUGCAUUCUGACUUUUAGUUUUUGUUCUGUCAGCUGUUUUGUGAGUGAUGUCAUAAUUUUAGCACGUGAAAUUUUUUCUUUUAUUAAAUCAAAGUUUUACUAACAUUUAGUCGCCUGAUCUAUUCGAAAUAUUUUUUAUUAGUUCUUUUUCAUUAGUUUUUCAAUAAAAUCGUAUCAUAAUUAUUUUUUUUUACACCUAAACCGGCAACAAUGCCAUGAGGCACUCUUCACCUUUUUGCAACUGGUUCCUAAACUUAAUUUGCAAAUUAGUUUCUGGUGGCUUUUCUGAUUUUAUUGGGUCAUAAGAGGGUUAAACAAAUACAUGAAUUUCGAAAAAACAGAAAUAUAAUUCUUAAAGAAAAAUGGAAUGUAGGAAAAUCUAUAAUCAAGGUCAUAUUCCAAGUCAUAUUCAUAUUCCAUAUUUAUCGGAAUCCAUUUGUUAGGAUUUUGAUAAAAUGAUUAACUAAAAAAAAACUGUAGAAAAUGAUUCCUGAAGAGCUGGUAAACCGAUGAAUUGUGCUACCAUUAAAAAUAUUUUAAUUAUUCAUUUUCAAAUUGAACUGAAAACAUUUUCUUAUUCACAAAUUGUUCUAAAUAGUUUCUAAACAAAAUAUCUAAGAAAUAAGAAAUUUUAUUAUACCUUAAAUAUCUGCAAAUCAACCCGUAUAUUAUAAAAUUUAAACUCAACACAAAAUAUUUUUAACUUAAUUAACUUCCAGAAAAGAAAAAGAAAAAAUUAAAAAUUUUUUGAUAAAAACUACUUACUACUUCCUAUCGUUAAAUACUACCUACUAUUACUACUACACAGAACUGUUUAUUAUUUUUUUUAUAUAUAUAUGUACGAGUAUGUGUAUAUAAAUAUUUCUAAUUUUAAAGACGAUUUUUUCUAAUAUUACGAACGAUAUCAAAAAAAGAAAUACAACUCUGAUAAAAGCCUAUUCAAAAAAAAGUAACAAAAAAUAAAAGUUUAUUCUACUCCAUUUUACUCUUAUUCUUAAAAACAAAAAACACAAAAACAAAAAAGAACGAAACUUAAUAAGCUUUAUGUCCUCUAAAAAAAAAAGAAAACAAAACAUAAAAAAUAUAUAUUGUAAAAUAUUUAAAUAAAAAUUAUAUUUUUUAAAUUAUCAACAAAAAACAAAACUACUUUCUGUACCAUUUUUAAGUUUAAUAACUAAACAACAGCAACAACAAAUAAUAUAUUUAAUAAGUAAUAAAGAAAUAAAUAAAUAAAAAAUAAUGUAUAAAAAGAAAACUGAAAACGUCAUUAGUUGUUAAAAAUAAAAUAUUUUAAUUUUUUUUUUGUUUAUUUUUUUUAAAUAAUAUUUAAAUGUUUGCUUACAAUUUUUUUUAAAUAUAAAUAUACAUAAAUAUAUAAAAUAAUCAUAUUUUUAUUAUAUACAAUACAUAAAUAAAUAAAUAUAAAAUAAAAUAUAUAUUUUUUUCUUAAAGAAAUUAGAUUUAUAUUUAGGUUUUAACGAUUUUUUGGAUUAAAACUAUAAAACAAACAAAAAUCUUUAUAAAAAAAGAAUGAAAUGAUACAAAAAAAAAAGUAAUGAAAUGAAAAAAAUCUAUAGUUUUUUCAAUGUCAAUGCUGAGAUAAAUUUAAUUGUAUAAUAUUGUAAUUGUAAUAUAUUUAAUAAUUUAUAAUAAUAAUAAUAAAAACAAAACAAUUUAAAAGAUAAAUAAAAACAAAAAAUCCCUUUAAUGUAUAAUGUAAUAACAAAGUUAUUUGUUUCAAAUAAAUCUUUAAUUAUAAUUCAAA